CGCACCGGGACGAGGACACGGCGGGAGAGGGGCAGUUCCAGUAGCAGCAGCAGGGACGGUGCACCAAACCCACGCUGUGUAUCGAGUCCCAAAGAACAUGUAGCUUUGCGGACUUUCGAUGGACACAUCCGCAGACUCGCUGCGGACCUGUCGACGAGGAAGAGACUCGUUCAGAUUCUGCGCAGGUUCCAGCCGCUGACCCCGCCAAUGGAGAAAUAUGAAAAGCUGGCCAAAAUCGGCGAGGGCUCGUACGGCGUGGUGUUCAAGUGCAGACACAGGGACACGGGCCAGAUCGUGGCCAUCAAGAAGUUCGUGGAAUCCGAAGACGACCCCGUCAUCAAGAAGAUUGCAUUGCGAGAAAUACGCAUGCUGAAGCAGCUGAAACACGUGAAUUUGGUCAACCUGCUGGAGGUCUUCAGGAGGAAAAGACGGCUCCACUUGGUGUUCGAGUUCUGCGAGCAGACGGUCCUCAAUGAGUUGGACAAACACCCUCGAGGGGUCCAGGAGGCUCAGCUGAAAAGUAUCGUGUGGCAGACUCUGCAAGCCGUCAACUUUUGCCACAAGCACAACUGCAUCCACCGCGAUGUAAAGCCAGAGAACAUUCUCCUCACCAAAACCGGAGUCAUCAAGCUCUGUGACUUCGGCUUCGCCCGCAUUCUGACAGGACCAGAAGAUGACUACACAGACUACGUGGCGACCCGCUGGUACCGGGCCCCCGAGUUGCUGGUGGGCGAUACUCAGUACGGGCCCCCCGUGGACGUGUGGGCCCUGGGCUGUGUGUUUGCCGAGCUGCUCCACGGGAACCCGCUGUGGCCCGGGAAGUCGGACGUUGACCAGCUCUACCUCAUCCGAAAAACUCUAGGCGACCUGAUCCCUCGUCACCAGCAGGUCUUCCGCUCCAACGUCUUCUUCAGUGGAGUCAGUAUUCCUGAACCCGACACGACGGAGCCUUUGGAAAAGCGCUUCCAUGGCGUGUCGCCUCACGCCCUCCACGUAAUGAAGUCGUGCCUGGUGAUGGACCCCUCGCUCCGGCUGUCCUGUGAAGAGCUGCUGGAGAUGCCGUACUUCCAGGAGGAAGGAGCCAACUGGGGCCGCGAGAGUGAGCGCCCGGGGCGACGACACGACAAGGGCUCCCGCCGCAGACAGCCGGGGGCUCAGUACCUGCCUCAGUUACCAAACAGCAACAUCUCACCAGCACCGGAUGUUAAGAAACAGGUGAAGCAUAAAUAUCACCUGCCUAAUAUUUAACAAAGCAGAGAGGGAGAUGUGGAAUUGUGCUGUUUGCACAAUCAUUUGAAUAAUAUCCUUGGUGUGAUGGUGAAAAAGUGGAUGUAAACUCGUCUUCAUGUUUGUUGACAUUGUCGCUUAAUAUUAUUUACAUGACAAACAAUAGUUUACAGCUGCAGGUACAGCAAACAUAAUACAGUGUCAGGUAUUUGUCUUUAUAAAAUGAUAUUAUUUCAUGAAAGUCACCAGUAUGCUACUGUUUUUUUGUUUGUUGCAGUCAUUGACAAUAACCGAACAGGUUGAUAUUGGCUACAAUGUUGGGAUGAACCCAUUGAAUAAGAGUCAACACCAAUCUUCUCGUUUAUUUACUGCUACUUUUUAUUUAAAAAAGUCCAGAAUUAACACAAUUAUUUGUUAGUUUAAAGUACACAUCAGUUCAAGUUUUUAUCAUUUGUCAUCAUUCCCCCCCCCCCCCCCCCCAAAUGAGGAAACCUAAUAAAGAAAUGGCCCAAAAGAACUCUUUAAACCAAUACAAAAAGGAGCUGUUGGAAGAUCAAGAUGUGUGUUGUUGGAGAGCAGGUUGGUUCUCAAAUGUUUUCUGUCUCUCUCCACUUCAGAGGAAGAGAAAUUUUAACUAAAUGGUCUAUGCUGAAUUUUUAUUGACAUGUCUUUUGGCGACUCCUCACUCUAAAUAUCUUUUCAAAACAAUAACGUGCAACCGUCAAGUUGUAUUAGUUAAAAUUCACUCAGAUUCUCAAAGGAAUCAAUAUUCCUUUGAUCGAGUCUCCUGUCCCACAUCUCAGCUUCAGUGAAACCUGAUCUGGUCUGCAGCGGAGGAAGCUGCUGCUCUCUGCCUCAAAGAUUGAAUUAAUUCAGCUUUCCAAAUAUGUCACUGAGAGGCCACUUUAAUCAGCAAACCUGCCUGCAAAUUAAUAAUAAAUGAAUUAAUACAUUUGACUCAAACGUUUAUGCAUGUGUAACGUUGCAAAGAUAAAAUAAAUGAUAUACUGAUUCCA